CCAGUCUUCCACAAUUCUCAAAUUAACCUUAAAAAACCUGUUAAUUAGCUUCGUCCAAAAUGAAAGAAGAAGGAAAACGGAACAAGACGAAAUGCUUGCUCUACGUUGCUGCUUUUGUUGUCUUCCAAACGGCUAUCAUCUUGGUCUUUGCACUCUUCGUGAUGAGAGUCAAGAGCCCAAAACUCAGGUUCGGGACAGCUACGGUCGGGAAUUUCAGUACUACCGGCGCCAACAACUUACCUUCUUUCGACUUGGAAGCACAGGUGACUGUUAAGAACACCAAUUUUGGGCACUUCAAGUACGAAAACAGCACGCUAAUUAUACUGUACGGAGAGUUUCCCGUGGGAGAGGUGGCCGUCCUGAAGGGCAGAACAAGGGCGAAGCAGACCAAGAAAUUUGACGUUGUAGUGGCAGUUAGCUCCAGCAGGUUGUCCAGCAACCCCAAUUUCCAGAACGACAUAAACACCGGAGUUUUGAGGCUGAGUAGUGAGGGGAAGCUGAGCGGGAAGGUAGAGUUAAUGAAGGUGAUUAAGAGGAAGAAAUCUGCUGAAAUGAGUUGCACCAUGGAAAUCAAUCUGGCCACUAAGGCUGUGCAGGAUUUGAAGUGCAAGUGACAUGCUGCUUCUAUACAUGAAUUGCUCUGUUUUUUUAACUCUGUUUUUCUUUUGUUAUAUAUAUAGAUGCGGUAUACUGUUAUGCCAUUUAGGCCCAUAGAUUCUUUUUGUACUUUGUCUAAAUUUUUGUUUGGGAGUAUUUUUUAAGUGAUUGAUUCAUAAUAAUAUCUGCUUCUUUAU